AAACAGCUAUACCACACCUAAUAAUCAAUCUUCAAUAACGAUUACCAAAUCAAAGUCAAACUCUUCAUAUUUCAUUAAUUAAUAAUACACACACAAUCAUAAAUUUGCCAGAAUUUUUUUUUUUUGCAAACUCAACAAACCAAAUUGAAUAAAUAUCCAUCUCUACCAAAUUAACCCACAGUUCUAAGAGAGGAGAGGUUAUCUUAUACUUGCAGACAUAUAAACACCUUAACUGUCUGAAAAAAAACCAAAUCACAGAUCAUCAUCAUUAAUGUCGUCGAAAUUAAUGAAGACAUUUUUGAGGUUGGGUGUGAUGGCGGCGGUGUUGAUGGAAAUGGCGGCGGCUGCAAAUUACACAGUUGGAAGCCCAGAUGGUGGAUGGGAUCAAUCCACAGAUCUUCAAACAUGGGCUUCUGCGAUUAAGUUUGAGGAAGGAGAUAAUUUGAUUUUCGGGUACACCACAAACCAUGACGUCACUGAAGUUUCGAAGCCGGAUUUCGAUUCCUGCACCGCCAGCAGCCCUCUGCAGCCGCCUCACACCGGCGGCGCCGCCGUCAUACCCCUCACUUCCGCCGGCAGCAGAUACUUCAUCUGCGGAACCGGCGGGCACUGCAUCAGCGGCAUGAAGCUCGCGAUCACCACCCUCGCCGCCGCCUCCUCGCCACCGCCUCCCGCCUCCGCCGCCGCGCCGCCGCCAUCCACCACCCCAGCCGUUCCCUCACCGCCGCCAUCCAAAACUACGGCUCCCUCGCCGCCGCCGAAGCCCUCCAAGGUGACGCCCCCUCCUCCGGCGGUGCCGGCGCCGGCUCCUCCUCCGAGUGGCUCCGCGUUGCCGCCGCCGCCUCCUCCUCCGUCGGCGGCCGCGAAGUUUGAUGUGAUGGGUAGUCUUACCGGUCUAAUUAUGAUGGUUUGGUUGAUUAUUGUUUGAAAUUGAAUUUGAUGAAGUUUAAUGUUUCGGAUUUUAUCUCAUGUAAUGAUUUUUGAUUUCAUAUAUCGAUUUAAUCAAUACAUAUUUCAUGUUUAAAUA